AACACGCCCCCAAACCCCACGACUUGAUUUUCCCGGAAAGUCCCUGCCUUUCCGAGAAAAUCUCGCGAUGGACCCUAUUCCUGACCUCUCUGACGAGUUCCCCAACUGGCUGGAGCUGCCCCGGGACGUGACGGCGUCGAUCCUGCUGAGACUGGGCGCCGUCGAGAUCCUGACGAGCGCGCAGAUGGUGUGCUCGCCGUGGCGCAACCUCUGCAAGGACCCGUCGAUGUGGCGCGCCAUCGACAUGGGCAACAACAACCACUGGAAUGACGACGAACUCAAUACGAUUUGCCGCGACGCCGUCGAUCGCAGCUGCGGCCAGUUGGUCGAUAUAAACCUCGAGUACUUCGGCACCGACAAGCUCCUCAGGCACAUCGCUGAUGGUUCAAGUCAGCUCAAACGCCUGCGGCUUGUACAUUGCUAUUAUGACAUUUCGGAUGAGGGGUUGAGUGAAGUGGCUGCAAAACUUCCAUUACUAGAGGAGCUUGCCAUUUCAUACUGUCCAUUUUCAAAAGAAGCUCUGAAAGCUGUGGGCCGCAGUUGCCCUCUUCUGAAGUCACUCAAAUUCAACAACCAGGAUUAUGGACUUCCUCGCAUAGAGUGUGAUGAGGAGGCACUUGCUAUUGCAGAGAACAUGCCCAGAUUGCGCCACCUCCAGCUUUUCGGAAAUAACCUGACUAAUGACGGCUUGCAGGCCAUCCUUGACGGUUGUCCUCACCUUGAAUCAUUUGACCUACGGCAAUGUUUCAGUGUCAAACUGACAGGGAAUUUGGAAAGAAGAUGUGCUCAACAGAUUAAAAACUUGCGUCUUCCCCAUGAUUCCACUGAUGACUAUGAAUUUGGUGCUGAACUUGAUGGUUAUGGUUCUUUUGAUGAUGACUACCCAUCUGGGUCGUCGGACAUAGAUCAUUUGUCUCAUUCUGACUAUUAUGAAUUCUCAGAUGGCAGCAAUUUCUCCGACCUCUAUGACUCCGACUAUGACUACGAUGACUACUAUGACAGAAAUCAAAAUUUUAACUAUGGAGAUUUUUAUCUUGACUAGCUUGAAUGAAAUGACUCCUCUCUCCCAAUAUUUUGAAUGUUUAAUAUUAGUAUCGUAUUGAUUUUA